AGGAGGUGGUGGUGGACAAGACCACCCCUUUUGUGAACAAGAGAGAGCAGUGUGUGCGUACAACACACAGACACACAGAGAAGGCAGAGUAGGAGGUCUUUUUUUUUUGUGGAUGAAAAGCAAGAGGGGUGGGAAAUGGCUGCGAAGCCCAAUCCUCUCUUGACGUUAGAGCUAGGCGUACAGCGAAGCGCAUGGGGCAAUCAGUCUGAGAGCUCUGGAGGAGGAUCGGGGAGCGGUGCAGUGGCCGGUGGAGUUGUGAGCGGGGUCGCAUGUGGAGGUACUGCCAGCAAUGCAGGUGGAGCUCUCGCGACGGCUCUUUCGCAUCGAAUACCUCUCUCAGAAAGAACUAAUUUGGAGCCAUGCCUGCCGUCGAAGCGGACCAGAGGUGCGAUUGAUGGACCGCACGGGUUCCUUCAUGCUCAGCAGCAGCGCCUCUAUCCUCACCCUAAUCUCCGCGCCAGUCAGCAUCACCAAUCAGCAUCGACAGCAUUUCAUCAGCACCAGCAGCAGCUGCAGCUGCACCACCUCGAAUACCAGCAGCAGCACGGUCAUGUCUAUGGUCCUGACCAUCCGUAUCACCCUCAAGGUGAUCUGGCGCUGACUGCUUGGUCGCUUGGGGCGGGUCACCCCCAUGCGCUCUGUUUUACCCCCGGCAACAAGGGAUUGCCCACGGCUGCAGAUGCGGAGCGCCGACACGCCCUCGUUUCUCCCCAGCAACAAGUGCUACAUCUCAAGGAAGCUUCCCUGCGGUCUAAAUCAGAGGAUGGUCAUCGAGAGGAUGGCGGUUUUUUGGGUUACACAGCAGCUUCCGGCGGUCAUGUGGGGGGCCCGAUCUGCCCUACUACCGCAAACGAGAUUAGUUCACGGCGGGUUGCCAUGCUGGCAAGAGGGCCGUUGGAUGGAUGGGAUCAGCGACUGGGGGCAGUUGGAGACGAGCAGUCUCCUCCGGAUGCCCUUGCAGUACAAGCGAUGCAAACUCUGGCUGGACCAAGUGGGACUCGGCCAGAGUCUUACGUGCGUCAGUCGGGAAGGAACACGACGACGGAAGUCCCGUCUCCCCCGGGAAAACACCUUUCCCUGGCCAUGUGUCCUGGCGGUCCCCCGGCGAAUCAACCGCAGGGGCGAGGAUCCAGGUACGUGCCCUCCCCCCUUGUGAAAACACGCCUUUCCCUCGAUCUCGAAUUGACAGCUGCUGGGAGCAGUGGUGUCAGCGGCCACCAUGGUGGCAGCAGAGCGCCAUCGCAGGAAGACGCAGACGAGAUGGCCAUGCCUGCGGCAAAGAGAUAUGCUGCGCGCUCCAUUGGGGAUGCUGUGGAGCUUGCCGGCGGUGCUAUGCAGGAGAAUGAGAGAGUGAUGUCCAAUGCACAAGCUAAUUCUGCUGACAGGCUUAGAGGAAGCAGGGGCAAAGGAGAUCAGCCUGGCAUGUUUCCUGGGGGGCAGGUUCUGCGGCAGCAGAGGCUCCAUCCGUCGGAAAAGACAAGUGGAGUUGGGGGCAUGGCAGAGAGUUGCGAUUUUCAACCAGAGGGAUCAGCAGCAGCAGCAGCAGGAGGAGGAGGAGGAGGAGGAGGGGGAGGAGGAGGAAGGGCGGGGGAGAUGGACAGGCAACGUGGGGAAAGGCGGUUAAUGAUGAACUCAGAUUCAGGAUUGAAUCUCUGCUCGUCGGCAAGCUUCCAGAAUUCCUCCAGGGAGAAGAUGACUGGGCAGCAAUUGUAUCAUUAUCAACGCGAUGAUGUCAACUCUAUUGAGAGGGAAGGGGGGGGGUUAUUAGGAAGGGGAGGUCAGGUUCUGGGAGGAGGAGGAGGAGGGUAUGUCCAAGCAUACACUUCAAGUACAGUGGGCGGAGGAGCAGCACCAUCUUGUGAAAGUGGGAGGGCUCGGAGCCCUGGUGUCUGCGCCAGCCAUGUCGGCUCUGCUGAGGAAGACGUCGUAGGCCCCAUGAGGGGCCAAAGCCAAAGUGGGCAAAGUGGCCCCUCCACAACAGGCACAGGCGCUUCAACAGAUGGUAUUGUUCGCAGACGAAGGCCAAGGAGAUGGCUCACGGAGGAUCAGAAGACGCACAGGUGCAACAUCGAUGGUUGCACAAAGUCAUACGGCUCUGCAUCGUCACUCUGUGCACAUAAGCGUGCACAUCAUCCAGGCUGGAAGGGGAGGUCAUCUGUGUACAGAAGAAAAGUUUUGAGCAGCAGGGAACCACUUCUGCUCUUGCAGGAUGAGGCAGCAGGUCAGAGCACAGGCCAGCCAGCUCCUAAUGAUUGCGCCGCACCAGAUUCGGCCUUUCCUCUGGUUGAAUCAGAGGAGGCCGAGGAGGGUGGGAAUGACCAUGAUAGGGAAAUGCUGCCGGUUGUAAAUGCUGGAUUGGAAAUGGAAUCACAGAAAGUGGAAGCCAUUCCAAACGAGGGAUCAGCUAUUGCCGCGUGUCCAUCGAAAGAUGUGGCAGAGACACCACCACCUUCGAAGGGCAUGGAAAAAGGAGAGCAGUCAGUGGUGCCUGAGUUUCGGAAGGCUCGUGAUUCGGCAGUGCCAAUGGAGGGAGUGGAUGAAGAGGAGAGAGAGAGAGAGGAUGGUGGGGAAGAAGGUGCUCAGGUGAGCGCAGAAGCAAGGGUUGAUAAGCUUGAUGACAGCAAUAAGCGGAAGAGAAGGGAGAUGACAGCAAUGAAAGAGGGGGAGGAAGAGGAGGUAGAGGAGGGGGAGGAGGGGGAGGAGGGCGAGGACGAAGACGAGGAAGAUGAGCUUGCGUCAUUCCUAAAAAAGAGGCAGAUUCAAAGAAGGCUUGGGAGUGAUAGCCGGGAAGACAAAAAAGAGGGACAAAUAAGCGGCGGUGUCACAUCUAACGUUGACAGAGAAACUUCCGCGAACCAGGAAGCAUGCGACGAUCAUCGCAUGGACCAGGACGUUGAGCAGGACCACCACGGAGGUAUACAAGGUGGGUUGCGAGAAGGUUCGGCUACUGCAAAGGCUGAAGAGGCAGCGGCAGAAAGCGAUGGUUUAAAUGAAGACAUGGUAAAAGAUGGGGGCAACGGUAGGGAAGCAAUUGACACGGAGAAAGGUACAUGGGCCAGUCAGGGGAAAAUUAGGGUUGGGGGGGAUGGCUUCAUGGCAGGGACCUCAACUACAAAUGAAGAGUGCUCCAACUUUGCUACAGCGCCAGCAUCUGCGGUCAAGAGCCUGUUAGAUGUCUUGGGCCAAGAGGCGCGUAGCCGGCUAACCGCUCUGGAGGAGAGCUACUUGAGGAUUCUCAGAGUGAGAAAUGCAGAAGAGAAAGCAAUUUUAUCAUGUCAGCAUUUGCUGCAUGGGAAUGAGAGUCAUGCGGCAGAGCGCCGGGUCCAGACAAGGGACCUUGCAGCGGCGAAAGCAGCGCUGGAGCUGUGCAAUAAUACAAGCCGGGUUAUCCAGAGUCAGGUCGAGCAGCUUAGGCUUGAAAUGCAACAGAUACAUGAUCUUCGCAUCAGUAGUGGCAUUUCAAGCUGUCAUGCUGGUUUCCACACUGACAAUGCGGUGACGACGAGGAAGGGGAGAGAUGGGAGGGAGGAUGAUGGGGGAACCAUGGACAGUGCUGUUGGCAAUCCCGUGGGUUCGCCGUUGCAACUGCCGGCAUCGUUUGAGCCAAGCAGGCCAUACCUUAGACACAUGAGCUCGUCUUGCAGUGUCGUGUCGGCAGCACCUGCAUCGUCACCACGUCUUACCUUAGUCAUUUCGUCACCUGUAGGCCAGCACAUUGGAGAGCGGCAUAGCACGCAACCCCCCUCGUCCACCCGUCUCUCACUCACACCCUCAAAUGCAAAGCAACUACAAACGCCAAGUCAGCAGAUGCCUGGACAACAAAUGCCAAGUCAGCCAAUGCCAAGUCAGCAAAUGCCAGCCAUAGCACCUUUCAUCGAUCGGCAUGGACGUAAUAUUCUGUACAGCGGAGCCCUUGAGGCUCUCUGUGCACUGUUCCUGGACUGUUUGUCAUUGUCCCUGGCAGUGCGUCUAGACUGACCGUUGCCCAAAGUACAGCUCCGGCUUUCUUAUGCUUUGUACACAAUGGACAAUGAAUGGCCCCAACCGUC